GGAGAGACAUCAUUCCUUCGCUAAUCCUUCACCCAGCAGCCUCACAUAUUAAGCACCAGCUCCUCCUCCGACUUAAGUCACCAAAAAGCAAUCCUUCUCGAAGCCAUGGCCAUCCUCAAAGCCGCCUCCGUUUUCGUCAUCCUGUUCGCCCUCGCCGCUGCCGCCACCCCGAGGGAGUCUUCGGGAGCCUCUUCCCCUAAAUCCUCCACCGCCCUGAAGGAGGACUCCUCCAGGACCAUCUUCCUCGACGGCGGCUCCACCGACGAGUUCGGGAUCACCGACGCCUUCCUGUACCUCGGCACCUUCACCCUGGCCGUCGUCAUCGCCAUGAUCGUCAUAGGAAUCAUCUACGGAGCCAACGAGGCCAACAACAACUCCGGCUACGAGGCUCCGGCCGCGACAGGAUACGACUCCUACAGCGCCUACGACCAGGUCUACCAGGUAGCCAGGUCGCUCUACGACGGCUACAAGAAAUACGAGGCCACGAAAGCCGCCAAUUUGUAGAAAGAAAAAGAAAAAAAUAUAAAGUAUACGCUACAAGAAGACGCCAUGGAUGCUGGAAGCGACGACUGGAUUUAAACACGAUAUAGAAAACGGACCGAUGACAGAAAGCGGACGACGGUUUUUUUUUUUCAUUUGCAAAAACAAUCCCUGUGAACGAAGCUCAAAUGAGAUAUUUUAAGAGCCGUGUACUCCUUCAGUUGCCAUAGAAUAACCUCCGCGUUAUUUAUUUUACUUGUUACUCGUUGUAUUUAUUUUGUUAUUUAAAAUAACUUUUUUUUUUUUGGUUAAUAAAGGCUGCAUGUUA